GAGACAUGAUGGGACAUGAGAACCACACUUUAAGCAGUGACUUUAUCCUUUUAGGACUGUUCUCUUCUUCCCACACAAGCCUGGUGUCUUUCUCAUUUAUAUUUUUCAUCUUUAUUAUGACUAUAACAGAAAAUGCUCUCAUGAUCCUCCUAACCCACAGGGAUUCUCGACUCCAUACGCCAAUGUAUUUUCUGCUCAGCCAUCUCUCCUUCAUGGAUAUCUUGCACAUUUCCAACAUUGUGCCUAAAAUGAUUGCUGACUAUUUGUCAGGCAGCAGGACUAUUUCCUUUGCGGGCUGUGGUUUCCAGGUAUUUCUAUCCCUCACCUUGCUGGGUGGUGAGUGCCUUCUCCUGGCAGCCAUGUCCUAUGAUCGAUAUGUGGCCAUCUGCCACCCACUUCGCUACCCUGUGCUGAUGAGGGACAACUCCAGUGGGCUCAUGGCUGCAGGUUCCUGGCUUGUGGGGAUCCUUAACUCCAUAGUUCACACGUCUUUUGCACUCCACUUUCCUUUCUGUCACUCGAGGGCCAUUGAUCACUUUUUCUGUGAAGUCCCUGCCAUGUUGAAGUUGUCUUGUGUAGACACAUCACGCUAUGAGCGAGGAGUCUAUGUGAGUGGCAUUAUUUUCCUACUGAUCCCGUUUUCCAUGAUCUCUGUAUCUUAUGUGCAAAUUCUCCUCACUGUCUUCCAAAUGCAAUCAGGGGCCCGGCAGAAGUCUCUGUCCACUUGCUCUUUCCACAUGGUAGUGGUCAUAAUGUACUAUGGGCCAUUCAUCUUCACAUAUAUGAGACCUCGCUCAUACCAUACUCCAGGCCAGGACAAGUUCCUGGCGAUAUUCUACACCAUCUUGACACCCACCCUCAACCCUAUAAUCUACAGCUUUAGGAAUAAAGAUGUACUGAUGGCUGUGAAAAACAUCCUCCAAAAUAAUUUUCUGAGUAAAAAAUGAAUUGAAAAAGCCUGCAUAUUUUUGUGGCUUUUCUAAACUCACUUUAGAGCAUGGUUCACACAUUUACUUGAGUAUGAUGUGUGAUUGUACAGAGGUACAUAUCUAUAUCCACAUUUGGAUGCCCCAUGGUAAAGUUAUGCUCUGCUGUCCUACAGUAACAAUAAAAUAUCUAAGAUGACUUUGAAAAAGCUGUUAAUGUGUAUAUACGUUUAAUACAUAUUAUAGAAUUAUGUGUGCAAACUAUUCUAGCAAUUCUCUGAAACAGUGCAAAGGAACAAAUAUUCCUAUUAAAAUGGAUUUAUUCAUUUUACAAGUAGCAAUGCAGUAGACACAAUAUUUAAUUGGGAAACUUUAACCAUAUCAAAUCCAAUAUAUUGAAUAAUUGUUGUUGCAUGAAUAAUGUACAAUAAGUAAUUUAAAAGAAAUUCCUCCUUCAUGUUAUUUACUUUUUUUGUGAAGACCUCAGUGUAGGAUUUUGAGCUUCAUGAUUCUGUUGAUUUCAUACUG